AGUCGCGGGAAUGGAACCGGGAGCCGAGAGCCCCAGCCUUCAGCCCCGCCGACAGCACUGGGUCACCGGUACAGUCCGGGGUCCUGCAGGAAGAUAGCGAGGAUGUGCCGAGCCGGAGCGGAGCAGAAGAACCAUGGCGAGCAGCAUAGGAGGGAGGAUCGAGGACUUCAAGGUCCUCAACCUCCUCGGAAAAGGUUCUUUUGCCUGCGUUUACAGGGCACAGUCCAUAAAUACUGGCAUCGAGGUUGCUAUCAAAAUGAUAGACAAAAAAGCAAUGCAGCGGGUGGGCAUGGUGCAGCGGGUGCGCAAUGAGGUGGAGAUCCACUGCCAGCUGAAACAUCCGUCUAUCUUGGAGCUUUACAACUAUUUUGAAGACAGCAAUUAUGUGUACCUGAUACUAGAGAUGUGUCACAAUGGGGAGCUGAACAGAUAUUUAAAGAACAAAAAGAAACCAUUUUCUGAAAAAGAAGCUCGCCAUUUCAUGGAACAGAUAGUUAAGGGGAUGCUGUAUCUACAUUCGCAUGGCAUUCUGCACAGGGACCUCACUCUCUCCAACCUCCUGCUCUCCAGCGAUAUGAAUAUUAAGAUUGCAGACUUUGGACUGGCAGCUCAAUUAAAAUUGCCAAACGAGAAGCACUUCACGAUGUGUGGCACCCCGAACUACAUUGCUCCUGAAAUUGCUACCAGGAGUGCUCACGGUCUUGAAUCUGACGUCUGGUCUUUGGGGUGCAUGUUGUAUACUUUCCUUGUGGGAAGACCUCCCUUUGACACAGACACUGUGAAGAACACUUUAAAUAAGAUAGUUUUGGCAGACUAUGAACUGCCCAGCUUUAUGUCAAGGGAGGCGAAGGAUCUGAUAUUUAAGUUGCUGCGCAAAAACCCUGCAGAUCGGUUGAGUCUUUCUUCUGUGCUGGACCACCUGUUCAUGACGGGGUAUUCUUCUUCCACGUGUGAUGAUACGGGAGCUGUGGAAGAUUCCAUUGACAGUGGACAUGCUACAAUCUCUACGGGAUUUACUGGUUCUUCUGGGGUUAGUGUUAGUGGGCGCCUACAGGAGAAAAGGAUUUUAUCAGGACCGUCACUUCCCAACAAAAUGAAUGUCUUUCAGUUCAAGGAUAGACAACCAAAUGAUGUCUUGACAGUGGAUGGUGGAAGCUUUCACGGUUGUCCUAGAGAGGACAGUGACUCCGCUGAGAGGAGGGGAAGAAAAGCUGUUGUCAGUGAAGAUAGGCCACAUUCGCGCUACCUCCGAAGGGCUCAUUCUUCUGACAGGACAGGUGCCUCUCGUAGUAAACCAAACAGCUUUGUGGACAGAUGUCACUCUGUGGAGGCUUUGAAUAAACCCGGCCAGCUGAGUGGGUUCAGGACCUCCGCGUCUUCUCCUGCAAAUAGUUAUGGAGACAUCCCUCAGAUGUUCACAGAAAAAGCAGCCCACAGCUCUUUGGGUAGACUUGCCUCGCCUCCGGUCAAAGAGAGAACUCCGUCUGAAUUUUUCUAUCCUCCAAAACUCCCAGGUGUCAAAUCCGAUGAAAGGUGCAAAGCGGAGACUGUGCAGCAAUGGUUUGGAGCCAUGCAGUUAAAUGGUCAAAUACAAAAACCUCAGGAUGUGAGCAGCAUAAGUAACUCUGCUGGAAAUUAUUAUGGCCAACCAGGCAUACAGCACGAGGCUCCCCUGUCUAAUUGGAAUGAUGUUAAAAUGAAAAAAGUGACCGACUCUUCCCUUGACGGCGCACAGAAAGGAGCGAGGAAACACCCGGCUUCAGAAGAAAAUCCACACACCAUAAAGUCAAAGCUACCUCAACAAGCUGCAAACUAUGGCUCCCUGAGAAGCCUAAUUCCUCCUCUUAAUUCCGAAAGACUGAAGCCGAUCAGGCAGAAAACCAAGAAUGCGGUGGUCAGCAUUUUGGACACUGGAGAAGUUUGCAUGGAAUUUGUGAAAGAACAAAACUCUCAGGAACGAGUCAAAGAGGUUUUGCGCAUAUCCUGCGAUGGAAAUUUGUUUUAUAUUUACCAUCCAAAUGAAGGCAAGGGGUUUCCUUUAGUGGAUCGACCUCCAUCUCCUCCAGAAAACAUGUUCAGUUACACGUUUGACAGUUUACCAGAAAAGUACUGGAAAAAAUACCAGUAUGCGUCAAAGUUCAUCCAGCUUGUAAGGUCCAAGACACCUAAGGUUACCUACUACACUAGAUAUGCAAAAUGUAUGUUAAUGGAGAACCACCCCAGUGCUGACUUUGAGGCCUGUUUCUACGAUGGAGCAAAAAUUCACAAGACCGCUGAUUUUACUCGAGUAAUAGAGAAGUCUGGAAAGUCGUACACUCUGAAAGAUGGGAGCAGAGUUAACGGUUUGAGUGAUGAAAUAAAGUGCUAUGUGGAUCAUGCCAAUGAGAGUCAUCAGGUUUGUCUUUCUUUGGAAUCGGCAAUUAACAUAGAAGAAAAAAAGGGAGACAAUAUCUCAUUGUUUCCAAUCACAUUUGGGAGGAGACCAGUGAGCACUGAUUCCCCAAAACCUCCAGCACAAACACCACCUUCUGGGGAGUCAGUAUGUGGACACAAGAGUCAAAGCCCAACUAAUCAGGCACUUGGCAGCGCAUCCUCACCACACCAGAUGUCUAACAUCAACCCUUCUAUUCUCUCCUAUGAGGGAUCUCUAUUAUCGGCUCAGAGCGCACCUUCAUCCAGCACGCCAAAAGGUCACACUCCAGAUCCUGGUCAAGUCUUGAAGUCCGUUUUUGUUAAAAAUGUUGGCUGGGCAUCUCAGUUAAACACUGGGGCAGUAUGGGUGCAGUUCAAUGACGGCUCUCAGCUGGUUGUACAGCCUGGAGUUUCAUCUAUUAUAUACACAGCACCAAAUGGACAAGUAACCAGACAUGGAGAAAACGACAAACUCCCAGAAUACAUCAAGAAUAAAUUGCAGUGUCUGUCUUCCAUCUUGAUGCUCUUUGCAAGUUCUUCAGGCCACUCAUGACUAUAAGCCUUCUGCAUUAACCUACCAAUACAUGGCCAUUCUCCUUUAUCAGUUGGUCUUAAGAUGUCUUGCUUUUUUUUAUCAUUCUCAAUAAUGUCUUUACAUAAUAUGUACAUAAGAGUGCGUUUGCAUCAUGGAUAAUACGUCUAUAGAACUGUCUAUAUGUAAAUGUUGUAUGUCUUGUAAUGUGAAAAGUAUAUUUUUUUUGUUAACUUAUACAUUGUAACCACCAUAAUGAAAUCUUCCUGCAGAAAUCUACAUAAUAAAUGCAGUGAACAAGUAUUCCUUCCAUUAAAUGGUUCUGUGGCAUUAAAGAGUUCUUUAUCGAAGCAAUGUUAAUCGUGUUCCGUGAACACGCUGCAGUUAAAACGCCUCGUCCUUUCAUAUCUUGGCCUACAGCAUUCGGUCAAGAUGAUCACUUUUCUUAGGGUGUUAUAUCCCCUCCAGAUGAUCCCCAUGCUUAAACAUAAUGAUAGCAAAACUUUGAACUCGGCGAUCCUGCGCCGGAAGACUGGUAAUAUCGAAUAUCUUGCUGGGUAAACCGGAUGGAUGCCCCAGUAUGCCCAACAUUGGUGGUUAUAAUGUAGAUGGUCUCUUCAGACAUGUGCUGGAUUCGCUCCACUACUCUUCUCAUUACCGUUACACGGGCCGCAAAU